AUGGCAGCAGCCAUCUCUGUACUGCGAUUGGGGGAGGAGCUCCUCCAUCGGCAGUGUUUCUCUAGCUCUUCCCCCUGUAGCGAGUGGAGAGGAGCUGCGGUGGGGGAGCUGGAUCUGCCCCAGAUUCUGGGUUUUGGUAGCAGCCCCCAUGGCGUGGGCGGCCACGUAUCUAGGAGCAACUUUUCCCACUACUCCUUAAUUGAAGAGAAAAAGAUUUGGCAGUUGUUUGCCUGCAGAUUUAGGAGAGGUGUCCUUGAGGGCAGCUGGCUUGGCUCCUGGGACUGGGGGGAGUCCACCCAGGGGCCCGCCAUUUCCACAGCCUUAAUAGACCCGGGCUUCCUCCCACAGCUGGGCCCAUGUGGAGGCUCUCCUGGCCACACCGAGGGGCCAAGGGGCCGCGGAGUUAACGGAGAACAGAUACUCUUUGUAAAUGCUUACUUUGACAUGAAUGCCCAGACAGGCUUAUUUGCCACCAGGAAGCUGCUACACCCAGCCUUCCCUGACUGCUUCCUGCUGAGCCUGCUCAGCUUAUGGAGUGCUGCUGUUCCUGAAGCUCAUGCUAUGUCGGGGACACCAGCCAUCAGCGCAGCCUCUUUCCUACAGGACCUCCUGCAUCGAUAUGGGGGAGGGGAACGCCUUACCCUGCAGGAGCUGAAGGCCCUUCAACCACCUGGAUGUGGAGUGGGCCGGGACAUGGCCACCCAGCCUUUGCAGGGACAGAGGAACCUCUCGACGUGUUUUAGUUCUGGAGACCUCUUUGCUGCCCACAACUUCAGCAACCAGUCACGGAUUGGAAGGAGAGAGUUCCAGGAGUUCUGCCCUACCAUCCUCCAGCAGCUGGAUUCCCGAGCCUGCUCCUCUGAGAACCAGGAGAAUGAGGAGGAUGAGCAGACAGAAGAGGGGAAGCCAAGCGCAAUUGAAGUGUGGGGAUACGGUCUCCUCUGUGUGACCGUCAUCUCCCUCUGCUCCCUCAUGGGGGCCAGCGUGGUGCCCUUCAUGAAGAAGACUUUUUACAAGAGGCUGCUGCUCUACUUCAUAGCUCUGGCGAUUGGAACCCUCUACUCCAGCCUCUUCCAGCUCAUCCCCGAGGCUUUUGGUUUCAACCCUCUGGAAGAUUAUUAUGUCUCCAAGUCUGCGGUGGUGUUUGGGGGCUUUUAUCUUUUCUUUUUCACAGAGAAGAUCUUGAAGAUGCUUCUUAAACAGAAAAAUGAGCAUCAUCAUGGACAUAGCCAUUAUGCCUCUGAGACGCUUCCUUCCAAGAAGGACCAGGAGGAGGGGGUGACCGAGAAGCUGCAGAACGGGGAUCUGGACCAUAUGAUUCCUCAGCACUGCAGCAGUGAGCAGGAUGGGAAGGCCCCCAUGAUGGACGAGAAGGUCAUCGUGGGCUCACUCUCUGUCCAGGACCUGCAGGCUUCCCAGAGUGCCUGUUACUGGCUGAAAGGUGUCCGCUACUCUGAUAUUGGCACUCUGGCCUGGAUGAUCACCCUGAGUGACGGCCUCCACAAUUUCAUCGAUGGCCUGGCUAUUGGUGCCUCCUUCACCGUGUCUGUUUUCCAAGGCAUCAGUACCUCGGUAGCCAUCCUGUGCGAGGAGUUCCCACAUGAGCUAGGAGACUUUGUCAUCCUGCUGAAUGCUGGGAUGAGUAUCCAGCAGGCCUUCUUCAACUUCCUCUGCUGCUGUUACGUGGGUCUGGCCUUUGGCAUCCUGGCUGGCAGCCACUUCUCUGCCAACUGGAUCUUUGCACUGGCUGGAGGAAUGUUUUUGUAUAUUGCUCUGGCUGAUAUGUUCCCUGAGAUGAAUGAGGUCUGCCAGGAGGAUGAAAGAAAUGGCAGCAUCUUGAUCCCCUUUGUCAUCCAGAACCUGGGCCUCCUGACUGGUUUCACCAUCAUGCUGGUCCUCACUAUGUAUUCAGGGCAGAUCCAGAUUGGGUAGGGCCCUGCCAGGAGCCUCUGGGAUUGGAAGUUGGCCCUUGGCUGCCCAAUCCCUGGCCCAAGGACUCGGCAACCACGACGCACCUCAGAAGAGGCAAUUGUAUUAAAAACUGUGACACGGACUGUAUUCCCGCAUUCAGAUGUCAGCUGUUUUUAAACAUGCUCAAUCCUAGGAAUAAGCUGCCCUGGUAACCAGUCUCUAGAUAGUGCCUCUCUGCCUUUCCUCCCCCUUUCUCAGAGUGACCCUGGAACCUGAAUGCAGCUUACUUAGCAGACAAGCCUAACUUUUUUCCCUGGUUACCCUGGCCUCUUUCUCUUUGAACCAGCACUGAGAAAUUUUUUAAUCCUUGCCCUACAAUGCAAAAAUAUAGCCAGUGCUCAUGACUUGGUUAGAAAUACCAGGAGGUGAAUCUGUAGUUUAAGGGCCUGUGAAUCUAAAUGUGUGUCCUAGACCUCAAGAUGACCCAUUUUGGAAUAAAUUCACCUGUUUUUACAGAAAAGGUACAGGAGACAAGAAUCCCUCCUAUUUUUUCAAGGUCUGUUCAGUUGCCUGUUUUCUCAAAAAGACCUGAAAGUUAGAACACAUGUGUAGGGCAAGAGGAGGCAAGGAUCAUCCCGAAGUUGAGUGGGGGGGGGACGAGGAGAACUGACAGUGUGUGUCCUGUUGUGGCAGUCACUUGUUCCCACUGGGCUGCGAUGUUGAUUUUGUGGCUGCAGCUGGCGCUUCACGGCUGUAUGGGUGAGCUAGGGCUCACUGCUGGUGAGCUGCUGUGCGGGUUCUGUUGCCUGGACGUCCCCUUCUUUCACAAUGACACUGACAGAAUGGAAGGUGGAGAAUGGAGACCUGCAAGAAAUCCAUUGGUUUCACUGUCAUUUCCACCUCCCCUUUCCCUCUCCCAUCUUCUGAGCAACUUUAGCUGCCUCCCUAGAAGCACAUUUGGAGCACAUUUACAAUCUUGUAUUAGAGGGGAGACUGCACAAAUGUCCCUCCCCCAGUCAACACUUCCGCUGCAAAGUGGCAAGUUUACUUGUGCACUUAUGGAGUGCAGCUUAUGGGCUUCUUAGACAGAGGUGAUCAGCAAUGGAAUCGGUGUGGGCACAAUUUAGGAUCUGCUAAUUACAUAAAUAAAAGUAUGAGCAAUAGAAUUCUGAGAUGGAAGGUCCAGAACUUGGGUGGGGCACUGCACAUGCUUGCAGAAUAGGGGCUUCCUGAUGACGCUGAGAGUACGUGUUAGCGGCAUGGCCUGGGUUCCCCUUCCUUCCUCACCCCGAACAAGAAAGGGCGGGUCCUGUACCGAACUGAAUAUUAAUUGCUCUAACCCUCUUCAGAAGAUGGAUUUUUAGACUUGUCCGAGAGACUGUAGGCCAGCCUCAGGCACUGUGGAGCCCUCUCCUCAGAACUCUGGCUUCAAGGGGAGCUCAUCUCCAGGUUCACUAGGUGAAUUGAUUUAUUAUUAUCAUAUUGAUAAUGUGAGAUUCUUUAGCCACUUUGGGGAGCCAGUCUCUCCAGAAGCCUUUCUUAGUGGUGCCCACAGUUGCAGCCCAGGGGCUGUGUUCACUGACUGAUUUGUGUGCGUGACUGACGAGUGCUGGUCGUGGCCAACACCUGUGAGUUUUUCUGUUCUUACACAGGAAGACUUUCCACUAUACAGUAAUUAAAAGCAGCAUCUAUUUUGUUUUUUUUUUCUUCUUGGGAAAUGGCCCUCAAACCAGGAAUAGUCUUGAAAAAGAGUAUGCGUGGGAAAAUUACUGGUGAUGCUUUAUAAGUUUGUCUCCUUCUCUUGCUGUUGACUUUGAUAGAUUUGAGAAUGGGCUGAAGAAGAAGAAGGAAAACUUGAGUUCUCAAGAUUCUAGAGUAAAUAUCAGGACUGACUCCUGAUAGGAUUAAUGGUCCAAUUUUACCAAAGAACCAAUUCCUUGAAUGUUGGAAUCUAACUUUUAUAUUAUCAUUCUUUUUAUUAUUGUUGUUACUGUUUUAAAACGGUUCUUUGUCUUCUGUUUUAUUUUCCUCAGUGUCUGACAUUGCUUUCAGGAGCUAGUAGCAAAUAACACUCAAACUUUAAGACUUUACAAGAUUUUUCUUUCCCUAAUUCACAUUGAUAGAUGAAAUGUAUAAUUUUAGCAUUCCCUGUAGAUCUGCCAUUCCUAACAAAUACCGUUAUUCUUGGAGUAAAAUACUAAGUUAGAGUUAGUGGGUUUCUAGUUUUAGGAGAAGAGCUUGAAAAUGUAAUCUUUAACAAAUUAAAAAAUAAAAUACGAAGUAGUAGGGUGCUUUCCCUUUUCGUGCACAUCCAUAUUAACUUAAGAACUUUCCUUUUAUAGACCGCUGCCUCAAAGGGAAAUUCUCUUUAAACUGUAGUUGGCCCAGAGGCCAGUGCUGGCUGGAACUCAGGGGUGGAGGCGCUCGGAUAGUACAAGCUAGUACAAGCGAGCAAAUGUUGCCAUUGGCAGCAGAGUUGCCUCAGGCGUAGAAGUUUGUGGCGAUUCCUUUUUGACUUUUAAGUGUUAGAUUUGCUGUUUUAAGCAUUUGUACAUAUUAUUAAGUCUGAGGAGUAGCAAGUUGUGAGGUCUUGUUUGCCCCCGGCAUUGUCCUCUUCAGCGUCUUUCCCCAGAUGACCAGCUCCUAACAUCAGCAAGGAAAGCACAUGUCCCAUGCGGGAGCAGUGACCCAGGAGCAGGGUUGUGCUGCUUCUUACUCUUGCCCUGGAGUGCGAGUUGCCUUCUGUCCUUGCCCCCUGAGGUGUUCAGUGUCUUUUGUGUCUAGUGUCAGCUUGGGGCUUUCCCUCGUUUGGUCCUUCACCCUGGGUUUAAAAGAGAAUGCAUCUCUGUUUGGGUAUCCUAAGACUUGUUUUUGGUAAGUCCUCUUCCAAAGAGAUGGUAGUAUUGUGGAAAUCUGCUUAAAAGACUAAAAGCUGUCUGAUUUUUGCAAAAGAGAGGUGAGGUUUUUAUUCAUAUUUCCUUUUACAGUUCUGCAGUUCCAUCACAGUAUUUUUUUAAACAACUCAGGUGUUAUGAGAUAAAUUAGAAAAGAAAAUAACUUAUGUGGACUGUAAAUGUUUUAUUUGUAAGAUUCUAUAAAUAAAGCUAUAUUCUAUACUGCUGAA